AUGAGAUUUGAAUGCAAAAUCACAGCUGUUAAACGACUUCUUGAUGUCGUAGCAUGCAUCUACCAGCUUCGUAGAGAAUGCCAGAUCGAGUUUGGUCUUGGUUCAGUGACUUUCCAUUCCCCACGAAUGAAAGCAGUUUUCCCUAUAGAUACAUUCUUUGAAGAUUACUUCCUUGAUACCCCUACUAAUACCCUCCUUUUGGACGUUGGUGCAGAUGCAUUAUUGCGUACCUUGCGAAUGAUUGUCGACGACUCUGCAAUCCGUAUGUCUAUCCGCAGCCAACGCACACUCUUAUCUGGAAGACAAACUGAUGUAUUGCGCAUCAACUUUUCAUCACUCCAAACUCUCAAAACUGGAGGAGAAGCUGUAGCUGCAGCCACUUUUAAAGAUGUCUUUGCACGACCUGUAUCUGAAGACCCAUUAUCAUCUCUUUUCGAAGGUGACUCUUCUUCAGUAACCAGCGCACCAUCUCGGUCGGUGGUUGUUCCUGGAGAUGUUUUGACAGCCAUUGGUAAAGCAUCUGCUCGACUUAGAUAUUUGGGCAAAAACACAACCAUCGAGUUAGUUAAAGGUGGUAUUCUGCGUGUUGUUGUUGCAGAAAGUUUGGUCACAUACUCAGCAUCGUUUUCCCGGCUCCAUGAAAUCGUGCGAAUCACUGCAGGAAUGGAAAAUGAAGCAGAUAAUGAAGCACCUCUUAAAGUCCGUGUUACGGUGGCUGCACGCGAUUGGUUCCGGGUGCUUGCUAGGCCCGAGAUUGCGCGGACGGUUGUUUUAAGUGUGACAAAUCAUUGUUCUUUAGAUAUGUAUCUAAUGUGUGGAGAAGGGCUGGACCUCGAUUCCGGGUACAUUCACUAUCAUGUUGGCAAUGUUUAUGAGUGA